AUGUCGCGAUCUUUAUUGCCAGGAGCUCGAAAAUUUGUCCCCACUGCGGCAAAUGAGGCACCUGCUCCGAACUACGUGCCUGGCAUCGGGAGGGGGGCAACUUCUUUCACUACAAGAGCUGAGACGGCUCCGGCCCCUGUGGCAUCCAGCAUCAAACUGAGAGAAGUUCGGGAUGCAGCGGCUCGUGCAGAGAGUCAGAAGCGUGCUGCAGAACUCUUUGGAAAGCCCCCCCCCGGAUACAUACCAGGUCGUGGUCGGGGAGCUACAGGCUUUGCAGGGGGUGUUAGCCGUGAUGACUCAGUGGAUUAUACUCAGGGGCCUACAGACAAGAGCGAUCUUAGCGACGCCAACUUCGACCCCUUUACGGGUUACGCUGAAAACUUGUUUAAUGACGGCGAGUACGAUGAGGAGGACAGAGUAGCAGACGAAGUUUACGAGUCCAUAGACCAGCGCAUGGAUGGUCGACGGAAGUCGCGUCGAGAGGCGCGGCUCAAGGAAGAGAUCGCCAAGUUGCGCGCGGAGAAGCCUACCAUCCAUCAGCAGUUUGCCGACCUAAAGAAGGGACUUGCGACUGUCACACAAGAGGAGUGGGAAUCAAUCCCGGAUAUAGGGGACUAUACAUUGAAGCGAAAGCAAAAGAAGCAGCAGCUGCUGACCCCUGCUUCUGAUCGCGGACUGCUAGAAGCCCGUAACCGCGAAUCUUUUUCCAACUCGAUAGCAAGCGCUGGCUCGGCGACGCCGAUUGGCUUUGGAAUGGCAACACCGCUCAUGGCGGGGGGGGGGUUGUCGACUCCACUAGGGCUUCAAACUCCUCUAGGAAUCCAAACGCCUCUAGGCCUCCGCACUCCAAUGGGCAGCAGCACUCCGUCGCUCAACGAUCUGGGGGAAGCCAGAGGCACUGUGCUGUCGGUGAAGCUCGACAAAGUCAUGGACAGCAUCUCCGGCCAAACAGUUAUUGACCCCAAGGGUUACCUUACCGAUCUGAACUCCAUGCAGCUGCAAAGUGACGCGGAUAUCGCGGAUAUCAAAAAGGCGAGGACUCUCCUGAAAUCAGUGAUCUCCACCAACCCGAACCACGCACCCGGCUGGAUCGCGGCGGCGCGUUUAGAAGAGUUAGCAGGAAAGUUGCAAGCAGCCCGCGAGCUUAUAUCCUUGGGCUGUCAGCGGUGUCCUAAGAGCGAAGACGUUUGGCUGGAGGCAGCGCGGCUUGAGAAGCCUCGCAACGCGAAGGCCGUUCUCGCGAAGGCGGUGUCUGUACUGCCGCACUCGGUGCGACUAUGGCUUGAUGCGUACGGCCGUGAGAAGGACCUCAAUGACAAGCGCUUAGUUCUCCGAAAGGCUCUGGAGUUUAUUCCAAACUCUGUGCGUCUGUGGAAGGAGGCGUGCAGCUUGGAGGAGGAGCGCAACGCGCGUAUCCUGCUUACGCGCGCUGUCGAAUGUGUACCACAGUCUCAUGAGAUGUGGCUUGCCCUUGCGAGGCUGAGCACUUACGAGGAGGCUCAAAAGGUUUUGAAUGAGGCCAGGAAGAAGUGCCCCACCUCUCCGGAGAUUUGGGUUGCCGCGUGCAAGUUAGAAGAGACGCAAGGCAACGAGAAGAUGGUAGACGUUAUUAUUGGGAGGGCUGUGGAGAACCUUAUUGGUCGGGGGGUAGCGCACACGCGCGAUGUGUGGCUAAAGCUCGCUGAGGAGGCUGAGAGUUCGGGCUUCCUGAAGACGGCGCAGGCUAUCGUGAAGGCAUCCAUGAAAGUCGGGGUCGAGGGGAUCAACGCGAAGCGUGUGUGGAGUGAAGAUGCAGAGGAGUAUCUUAGCAGAGGCUCAGUUGCAGUGGCGAGGGCGCUCUAUACGCAUGCGCUGGACCGUCUUCGGACAAAGAAGAGUCUCUGGCUAGCCUUAGCGGAUCUCGAGACGAAGCACGGCACGCGGGAAGCCUUGGAGAAGGUGUUACAGAAGGCGGUUGCAUGCUGUCCAAAAGCGGAUGUUCUGUGGCUUAUGGCUGCCAAGCAACAGUGGCUGAAGGGCGACAUUAAUGCGGCGCGGCGUAUUCUGGCAGAGGCGUUCUCACACAAUGAGAACAGUGAGGCUAUUUCUCUUGCCGCCGUCAAGCUGGAAAGGGAGAAUAACGAGUUCACGCGUGCACGGAGACUCUUAAAGCGCACGAGACAGAACAUCAACACGCCGAACGCGUGGAUGCAGUCCAUUCAGCUGGAGAGACAGUUGGGAGAUUACGAUGCGGCGAUCGCACUUGCAGAGGAGGCGGUCAAGCAGCACCAAACCUUUGCGAAGCUGUGGAUGGUGCGUGGUCAACUGCACGAAGAGCACCCCACGCGAAGGGACCUUAACAUGGCCAUUGAGGUGUACAGACAGGGGUCGGUAUGCUGUCCGAGGAGUGUGCCCUUGUGGCUUUGCUGGGUGGACUGUGAGCGGGGCCAGAAGAAUUGGAAUAGAGCGCGCGCUGUUUUGGAGAAGGCGAAGCUUCGGGUGCCAAACAGUCCGGAGUUAUGGCUGUCUCUCGUGCAAGUCGAGAUCGAGGCGGGCAACAAGGAGGUCGCGCAGCACGUCGCUGCUAAGGCGAUACAAACAUGUCCCAACGCUGGCAUUAUCUGGGCGGAGGCUAUUUUUCUUGAGGAGGAAAAUGCUCAGACACACAAAGCAGUCGAUGCCCUGACGAAGUGCGAGAACGAUGCACACGUAAUUCAUGCAGUAGCGCGUUUAUUUUGGAGGGACCAAAAAAUUGUCAAGGCUCGAAAAUGGCUAAACAGAAGCGUCACGCUUGAUCCGUCUCUUGGCGACGCGUGGGCCUCUUUUCUGGCCUUUGAGCUGCAGCACGGAGGCGAGAAGGAGUGCAUCGAGGUUAUCAACAGAUGCGCUCUUGCGCAGCCCAACCGGGGAAUUGCGUGGAACAAAAUCACCAAACAAGUUCGCUGCUGGUCCUUUUCACAACCUCAGAAACUUUGCGCGGUGCUGGAGGGUAUGUACCCCAACGCCCUGAAGAAAGAGGGCAUUUCGCAAGUUAGGCGUGACACUGUGCUCCUGGACUUUUUGUGUUGUGCCGCAGUGGUAUUGGACGCACUGCACGGGAAGUUGCAGGAUGCCCAGCAAGGUGCCCCCAAAGCCACUGAAGUAGCUCCUGCAAGAGACUCUACCACCUCUUCGAAUGCCUCUUCGACAGCUGAGGCUUCGAUUGCGAGCGGGGGCGAGAAAAGGCGGAACGAAAGCAGCAAUGACUCCCAGAAAGAAGCACGAGCAGCGGCUAGCGAAGAACAGAGCAAGAGAGACGGCCGAGAUGCAUCUAGUGUGUUUGCUGGAAGUUUCGGGUACGUGUGCGCAGGCGGAGCCUGGGACAGAUUUACCGACAGCGAAACGGCCACGGGUUGCUGA